GUGAGGUGGAGACAGGGUAGGUUGGGACACAAAGUCCAGUUAAGUGUGUGUCCCAGCUCAGUGCUCUGAGCCCAGAUCCUCAUCUCCCCAGGUAGUGGGGCUCAGCACCGACAAGCAACCAACUGCUGGGCUGCCGGCGCCCCCCAUGUUGGAACCUGAGUUGGAGAUUAUCUCCUAAGCAGAUACCCGCUUCCAAACUGGGGAUGUAGGGCUAGGAAACUAGAAAAUGCCAGGUCUGAGGGAGAGGAAAGAACAAGUCCAGCAAUACACAGAGCUCUGUGUAUUCAGAGGGAAGUUGGCAGGGUUGUGUUCGGGCAGAGAAACUCCGAGUGGUACAAAGGGGACGUGCCCAGAGUGGAGAAAUCAUGCUAAUUGUCUCCACUAGAGCUGGAGAACGCCAUCCAAAAUGAAGAGAGAAAGAGGAGCCCUGUCCAGAGCCUCCAGGGCCCUGCACCUCGCUCCUUUUGUCUACCUUCUUCUGAUCCAGACAGACCCCCUGGAGGGGGUGAACAUCACCAGCCCUGUGCGUCUGAUCCACGGCACCGUGGGGAAGUCGGCUCUGCUUUCUGUGCAGUACAGCAGUACCAGCAGCGACAGGCCUGUAGUGAAGUGGCAGCUGAAGCGGGACAAGCCAGUGACCGUGGUGCAGUCCAUUGGCACGGAGGUCAUCGGCACCCUGCGGCCUGACUAUCGAGAUCGUAUCCGGCUCUUUGAAAAUGGCUCCCUGCUUCUCAGCGACCUGCAGCUGGCUGAUGAGGGCACCUAUGAGGUUGAGAUCUCCAUCACCGACGACACCUUCACUGGGGAAAAGACCAUCAACCUUACUGUAGAUGUGCCCAUUUCGAGGCCACAGGUGUUGGUGGCUUCAACCACUGUGCUGGAACUCAGCGAGGCCUUCACCUUGAACUGCUCACACGAGAAUGGCACCAAGCCCAGCUACACCUGGCUGAAGGACGGCAAGCCCCUCCUCAAUGACUCGAGAAUGCUCCUGUCCCCGGACCAAAAGGUGCUCACCAUCACCCGCGUGCUUAUGGAGGACGACGACCUGUACAGCUGCGUGGUAGAGAACCCCAUCAGCCAGGGCCGCAGCCUGCCUGUCAAGAUCACCGUAUACAGAAGAAGUUCCCUUUACAUCAUCUUGUCUACAGGAGGCAUCUUCCUCCUUGUGACCUUGGUGACAGUCUGUGCCUGCUGGAAACCUUCCAAAAGGUCUGGGAAACAGAAGAAGCUAGAGAAGCAAAACUCCCUGGAAUACAUGGAUCAGAAUGAUGACCGCCUGAAACCAGAAGCAGACACCCUCCCUCGAAGUGGUGAUCAGGAACGGAAAAACCCCAUGGCACUCUACAUCCUGAAGGACAAGGACUCCCCGGAGCCCGAGGAGAACCCGUCCCCGGAGCCUCGAAGCCUGCACGAAGCUAAGGAGAAGCCAGAUGCCGGUUACUGGGUGUGCAGGGGCUGUUCUGUGCUGGGGGAUCAUUGUGAAGGCCUUCUUCCCUGGGCACCUGGUACCUGGGGACCUACGAGGUGGUGA